AUGUCUGACAAUCAAGCUGUGGAAAAGACCGAGACGAAGGAAGAGAGGAAGGCGAGGAAGGCCGCUAAGAAACAGGCCAAGGUAGAAAAGGAGAAUGCCGCUGAAGAACAAUCAACACCGGUGAUAGAGAAAGAGAAGAAGUCGAAAAAGAGAAAAGCAGAGACGCCCGCAGAGACGCCAGCUGAGGGCACGAAUGAAGCCGCUGUACAGACUGUCGAGGGAGAGGCUACUGUCUCGAAGAAAAAGCAGAAGAAGGAGAAGAAGAGCAAGAACAAAACCGCUGCUGAUGGAGACAAGGAGAACGAGGAGAAAGGGGGGUCUAAGGACGAAUCGUCAAAACCUAUGGAGGUAGAUACCGAUACACCUACAUCCGCAUCAGCACCAGCACCAGCCGCAGAGACCCCGAAGAAGGAACGAAAGUCGAAGAAAGCGAAAUCCGCUGCGGCCCAAGCUCGGGUGCCGGUAGAAGAACCCGAAACGGAGGCUGGGGAAGGUACGAAGGAGGAUGUCGAGGUGGAAGUGACCGAGCCGGAGAAGGAUGCGUCGAUCAAUGAGCAGUCGCAGAAAGCUCUGCAGUACGCAUACAUCUUCAAACAGAACAAGGCGGACAAGACGGUCAUCUGGAAGUUCAACAAGGCCAAGCAAGGAUGGCUGUUACGUAACGUCUGGUCCAUGGAGAACAUCCCGGAACGAUGGGUUGAUCUGACGAUCGAUUAUCUGAUCACCAUCCAGGGUGUGGCUAGGAAGAACCUGGUCGAGGAGGCUAAGAAGCGAUUGAACCCGCCCAAGAAGGAGGAACCAGAUGUCGCUGCCGAGCAGCCUGAGGCCGAGGCUGAGACCAAGACGGAUGCCGCUGAAGGUGCGACAGCGGAAACGGGGGAGGAGAGUGGGAAGGACGCGGAAGAGGUUAAAGAGCCGGAAGGGGACUCGGAGGAUCAGGUGCAGAUCAAGGACAGGGCGAGACGUUUAUUAGAGAAACUAGAUGUGGCCGUGUAA